CAGGUAGGAGGAGAAGGAGAGUGGCGUAUAUAACCACCACCCCCAAAGCAAAGCUAAGCUAAGCUCACACUCACACUCUCCCCCAUCCCCAUAGUUAUUGUUUGUUUUCACUGAAUUUAGAGCACACAGACUCAAAAGUGUGAGAAAGAGAAACCUAAACCAAAGGAGAGAAAGAGAGAGAAACCACAGUUUUCUUUCUUUCUUUCACAGUAUAGUAUAGUAUAGUAUAAUGCAUUGUUGUUUGAGUGUGUUGAUGAGAUGAGAGGCAUGCAUUAUUAAUGUGUCCCUGCAACAAACCGUGAUUGAUUUUAUUACCUUCCCUUCACGUUCACACACUCACCGGGAUACGCUAUCAAAAGCCUCGCUUUCAUCUAUUUCUCUCUAAACAAAUUGCUACAACAGAGGAAUUAUGGAGCUCAGCAAGGUUACGCUGGAGAUCUUCACGAAGCUGGAGCAGAAAUGGCUCUCGCACUGUGAAACCACGAAGAAGACUCGGAUUCUCAGCAUCGACGGGGGCGGAACCACCGGCAUUGUAGCCGGCGCUGCCCUCGUUCACCUCGAGGACCAGAUCCGCCUCAAAACCGGUGAUCCUCACGCGCGAAUCGCUGAUUUCUUUGAUCUCAUCGCCGGAACCGGUGUCGGAGCACUCCUAGCCGUCAUGAUCUCCGCCGAUGACGGUUCAGGCAGGCCUCUGUUCUCUGCUAGAGACGCUGUUAAUCUCAUUGCCGCUAAAAACUCCGAGCUUUUCAAGCUCAGACUCGCCGGAGUUUUCCGCCGGCGAAAGAGAUACUCUGGGAAAAGCAUGGACACGGUGCUCAAAGAAAUGUUCAAUAGAGAAGAUGGCGCCGUUUUGACCUUGAAGGACACGUGUAAACCUCUUCUCGUUCCGUGCUUCGACCUCAAAAGCUCCGCGCCUUUCGUUUUCUCCCGAGCCGACGCGUCCGAGUCACCGAGCUUCAACUUCGAGCUCUGGAAAGUCUGCCGCGCCACGUCAGCUACGCCGAGUCUCUUCAAGCCGUUUAAUCUAACGUCCGUGGACGGAAAAACCUCUUGCUCCGCCGUUGACGGCGGUCUAGUCAUGAACAACCCUACUGCCGCUGCCGUCACUCACGCGCUCCACAAUAAGCGCGAUUUUCCGUCCGUUAACGGCGUCGAAGACCUCUUGGUUUUGUCGUUAGGUAACGGUCCGUUAACCGGUAAUGGCUGUGCACAGAAAGUUCGUUAUAACGGCGAGUGCUCAACAUCUACGGUGGUUGACAUUGUCCUCGACGGCGUUUCGGAAACCAUUGACCAAAUGUUAGGGAACGCCUUCUGUUAUAACCGUACAGACUACGUUAGAAUUCAGGCGAACGGUUUAGGAGUGAUGGGGGCGAAAAUGGAGGAAGUGUUGAAUGAGAGAGGAGUGGAGUCGUUACCGUUUGGCGGGAAACGGUUACUGACGGAGACUAACGGAGAGAGGAUUGAGAGUUUCGUACAACGACUUGUUGCUUCAGGGAAAACCAGUCUUCCACCUAGUCCUUGCAAGGAUUCUGCCGUUAGCCCUCUCACCAAUGGCCGUUAGUUAGUUCUUAUUAUUAUUAUUAUUAUUAAUAUUAUUUUGGGGGAAGGGGGGGGGGGUUUAAUCUUUUUGAGGCAAUGUAAGUGUAACUCAGGUCUACUUGACUGUCUCUGUUUCCGCGUUAAAUAGUAGCUAAUAAUAAUGACCUGUUCUCUCU